AUGCACCAGCUCGCCAUCUUCCUCCUGGGCGUCGCAACGACGUCGGCGCUUCGCAUCCCAAGCAUUCCGACACCCGCCGCUGCCGCGUCGGCGCUCGCGCUCUCUCCGCUUGUAGCAGCGCCCGCCUUCGCUGACGUCGCACACGGCGAUGUCGUGCUGCACCCGGACCUUGGCGCCGCAGCAAUCGGUCUCGUCGCGGGCGUGGUGUUUGUGGGCGCCGCCUCGAACGCCGCGCUCCACUACGGCGACGAUGAGGGAUGUCUGAUUCACGAGCAGCACGAGAUCUGCGGCCGCCUUUCCGAGGGCGGCGAGUGCGUGCUUUCCAAGACCGGCCAGUGGGUGUGCGCGUAG